GAAUGGGGUUAGAAGCAAUCUACAGCAUCCAAAGCCCACAGUGUCCUUGUCCAGGACAAGAGCUAAACCGUUUGAAACCAAACAUUGGAGUCUGCCCAAAACAACAGACAAGACAAAGACUAUGAACUUUGACUCCAUGACCAUUCUCACAUCAGGGCAGAGCUAUACCAAUACCCCUGCACCCUAUGGCAGUGAUAUUAACAAUGCCGUAUCCAAAAGGUAUGAUCAGCUCAUGGGGCAUGAAACCACCACCCCUAAUGUGAUUGGCUUCGAGCUGUCCACAAAGGACAUACCAUCAAAACCUAGGAUUAUCGGAGGCAAUGCAGCAAGCUUCACAGUCCUGUCCAACUCAGAUGCCUUCCUUCCCUGUGAUGCUAUAGGCAAUCCUGAGCCGAACAUCAGCUGGAAACGCUUGUCUGGCACAGGGAGCACAUUGACCAUCAGAGGAAAGAUGGGUAAAUUCGAAGUGUUCGAGAAUGGCACACUUUCAAUCCAGAAUGCCAACAUCAAGGACCGUGGGCAGUAUGUGUGUCUUGCAGAGAACGACAGUGGCUCAGACAAGCUCCUGGUGACACUGUCUGUGGUGUCCUAUCCAUCCCACAUCCUGGAGCCCAAGGUGAGGGAGAUUAAGUCUCACUCUGGGAACACAGUGGAGAUCAAGUGUAGGGCUGAUGGCCGACCACCGCCCCUCAUCUCCUGGAUUCUGGCCAACCGCACACAAGUGAGAGGCUAUAACUCAGACCGUGGGAGGGUAACUGUGACCUCUGAUGGGACCCUAGUAAUCCAGCAAGUGACUGUGUAUGACAGGGGCCACUACAAAUGCAUUGCCAGCAACCCAGCAGGAGCAGACACUGCCACAGUCCGGCUGCAGGUUGUUGCAGCGCCUCCUGAUAUUGUAGAAGAGAAACGGCAGCAGGUCAAAGCUGAGACUGGGCAGAACCUAAAGCUCCCAUGUACAGCACAGGGCAGCCCACAGCCCACCGUGCACUGGGUGCUCUUCGAUGGGACUGUAGUCCGACCCUUAGGUGACCAAAGUGCCAGGGAAUAUGUUUUUACCAAUGGCACGCUGCUACUGAGAGGACUGGUGAUCUCAGACAGUGGGAAAUACGAAUGCAUUGCCACCAGCUCCACAGGGUCAGAGCGAAGGGUGGUCAGCUUGACCGUGGAGCAGAUGGAAGCAUUGCCUCACAUUGUUGAGGCAUCCCAGCGCAGUACUGAGCUGAGCUAUGGGGACCGGCUCUGGCUGAACUGCACUGCCGUGGGACAACCCACGCCUAGGAUCCUCUGGAGACUCCCCUCCAAAGCGCUUGUGGACCAGAGACACAGGAUGGGCAGUCGGAUUCAAGUCCUGGACAACGGCACCUUGGUCAUUGACUCUGUGAGCGAUAAAGAUGCUGGGGACUACCUCUGUGUUGCCCGCAACAAAGUAGGGGACGACCUGCAGCUCAUGACAGUCACUGUGUCCAUGAAGCCAGCCAAGAUUAUGACCAAGCCCUUUGGAAAGAAACGGGUGCCCUAUGGCAAUGACCUGAAGGUAGACUGUAAAGCCUCUGGAGCUCCUGAGCCGGAGAUUUCCUGGGGCCUUCCGGAUGGUACAAUGUUGAACAGCGCCAUGCAGUCAGAUGACAGCAGGGGGCGCACCCGGCGCUAUGUUCUCUUCAACAAUGGCACGCUCUAUUUAAACAAGGUGGGGAUAUCAGAGGAGGGUGACUACACCUGCUACGCUGAAAACACACUGGGCAAGGACGAGAUGCACGUGCAUAUCACCGUGGUGAUGGCAGCCCCACGCAUAAGGCCACCCAGCCGCACCUAUGCAAAGGUGAAGCCUGGCGGGAACAUGCGCUUUGACUGUGAAGCCGUAGGGGAGCCCAAACCCAAAAUCAUCUGGAUGCUGCCCUCCAAUGACAUGAUCGCUGCCUCCAACGAUCGCUACCUAAUGCAUGUCAAUGGAUCCCUGGACAUCCGGGACGUCAAGCUGGUUGAUGCCGGGGAGUAUGUGUGCAUGGCUCGCAAUGCUGCCGGUGAAGAGACCAAGGUGUACAAGUUGGACAUUGACGGCAACCCACCUGUCAUCAACGGCUACCACCAGAAUAGAACAGUCAUCAAAGAAACAGCUGCUAAGUACUCCAGGAAGCUAAUUGACUGCAAAGCAGAAGGCAACCCAGCUCCUCAGAUCACCUGGAUCAUGCCUGACAACAUUUUCAUCACAGCCCCAUACUAUGGGAGCAGGAUCAACGUUCAUCCGAAUGGGACACUAGAGAUCCGGAAUGUGAGGCCAACAGACAUGGCUGAGUUCAUCUGCAUGGCGCGAAAUGACGGGGGAGAAGCAGUCAUGGUGGUCCAGCUGGAAGUCACCAGCAUGUUGAGGAGGCCCAUCUUCAAGAACCCCUUCAACGAGAAGGUGGUGACACGCAUAGGGAAGACCACCAUUCUGAACUGCUCUGCAGAUGGGCACCCAAUGCCAGAGAUCAUUUGGAUGCUGCCCAAUGGCACGCGCUUUGCCAAUGACCCCCGCUUACCACGCUACCAGCAGGGUAGUGAAGGCAGCCUAGUCAUCUACAACCCCAGCAAAGAGGACGCAGGUAAAUAUCGCUGUGCUGCUAAGAACCAAGUGGGCUACAUCGAGAAGCUAGUGGUCCUGGAGGUGGGACAGAAGCCGUACAUCCUGACUCGUCCUCGAGGAAUCAUCCGCGGUGUGUCUGGGGAACCCCUGUUCCUUCACUGCCUCACUGACGGCAGCCCCCGUCCCAGAAUCUCCUGGAGUGUCCCAGGAGGUCAUGUUCUCUCUCGACCCCAGGUGAGCGGUCGUUACCAGCUCGUGGAGAAUGGAACCCUCAUAAUACAGGAGACAUCACUCCACGACCGUGGGAACUAUGUGUGCAGGGUAAAGAAUGACGUGGGCGAGGCAGUGCUCACUGUCCCUGUCAUCAUCAUCGCCUACCCGCCCCGCAUCACGAAUGGACCCCCCCAGAAUGUGCGGGCACUGGUGGGAGUGCCUGUGCAGCUCAACUGCAUGGCCAUUGGGAUACCCAAGCCAGAGAUCACCUGGGAACUGCCAGACCGCUCCAUACUGUCCACCGCCGGAAGGGGCCGGCCCACGGGCAGUGAGCUGCUCCACCCCCAGGGGACACUUGUCAUUCAGAGACCCACCAGCUCAGAUUCUGGAACCUACAAGUGUGUGGCUAGGAAUGACCUGGGCACAGACUCCAGGGUCACCUACGUCCAUGUGCUGUGA